UAAAAAGAAAGGCAAACAAGAGUCAACACAAAGUAGUCUUCUUCUUUCUUUCUUUCCUUCUUUUUCCUGAGCUUAAUAAUAUAUUAGAGAUGGGGAACAGUCUAAGGUGCUGUUUGGCUUGUCUUCUUCCUUUUGGAGCUCUAGACUUGAUUCGUAUCGUACAUUUAAAUGGUCACGUUGAAGAAAUUACACAUCCAAUCACAGCUUCUGAGGUUCUCAAGAAUUACCCAAAUCACAUUUUAACUAAACCUUGUUCUCAAGGUAUAAUUCGUCGGAUUUUGAUCUUGUCGCCGGAAUCAGAACUCAAGAGGGGAAGCAUUUAUUUUUUGGUCACGGCCAAUUCUUCGCCGGAGAAGAAGAAAAUCAACUCCAAUAAAAGCGUUUCCAAAAAUAAAAGCAAAAAAUGUCAUGUUAGCAUACCUGAGAUUGAUCGGUAUUUAAGUGACGUUACAUCAGAAAAGAAGUCUUCCCGUCGAGAACGGCGGAAGGGUGCAGUUGAGGAAUGGAGACCACAGCUUGCGAGUAUUUCCGAGGACUAAAAUGUGUGCUUCCUCUCUUUUUUUUCCGGUUUUACGCCGUUUAGAUUAGCUGAUCGUAAAUAACCAAUAAACUUGGAGUAGUGAAAAAUAUUUAAGUGCUGAAACGAUUUUAUAAAGAAAGAAUUACGGCCCUUGUCACUUAGCCUAACCAAAAAAGAAACUACCAGUUAUGUUCAUUUAUAAGUAGUUUAUUACAAAAAUUGGUAAAUUCAUAAAAUAUUACUAAUAUUAGCCAAUUAGCUAUUCGUAGCAAAAAAAAGGUCAU